GUUUUUGGUUAGAAUGUCUAAAAAGAAUUUUAUAAACAUAAAAUAAACUGAAACUUAAAAUUGAAUUUUCCUUAACGUUAUAAAAUCAUAAGGUGCUCAAAUUUUGACAUGAAUUGUGAAAAAUCUGUAUUGAAAAAUAUUUUAUGAUGGCAGCAUCAAUACAACUUCUUGGUUUCAACCCGGAUUCAGAUAGUGAUGAAGGAGGCCAUACGUUAGUUAGACGUAAUUCUCACGUGGUAGAAGUGCAACAACCAAUUGUACUACUGAAUGAUAUUCAUUUAGCUUCCGAAAUAAUUGUUGGAGCAAAUCAAAAUGAUGAUGAUGUAAUAUCUAUUGUUUCUAGUAGCUCUACUAAUUCGUCUGAAAAUACAAUAAGUAGAGAAGCUACACCAGUUCCUGAAGAAGUUGAAAAAGAAGAAGCUGAGGAGAAUGACAAAAAUGAUGAUGAUGAUACAGAAUCUAAUUCGAGGAAACGCUCUAGGAGCCAAUACGAAAAUGAAGAUGAUGGACAGAUUUGUCCCAUUUGCUUAGAUAACUGGACUAACUCAGGAGAGCAUAGGAUUUGCUGCUUAAAAUGUGGACACUUAUUUGGACAUAGUUGUAUUCUAAGGUGGAUGCAAUCACAAACGAAGAAAUCAUGUCCGACUUGUAAAAAGAAAAUUUUAAAAUCAGAUAUUAGAUUUCUUUAUACGAAGAAAUUAAUUGCUGUAGAUAAUUCAGAAUUACAAGAAAUGAAGGUUAAAUUAGAUUGUGUUAUCAAUGAAAGAAAUAACAUUCAGCUAGAAUUGAGCAAGUAUAUUUGCCGUGAGCAUGCUCUGAAUCAAGAAAUUACUUUCCUGAAAUCUCAGCUUCGUACAUUAAAAAAUAAUCCACUCUUGUUCUCUAACUCUUCCAGAAGUGAUGCCAUUUCAAAUAAUUCCGUACCAAAAAUUAAAUUAUACAUGGAUAAAUCUCUGGAAGUAUGUCCUGCAGGAGCCUGCCGUGUCUUUGAUGUGAAUCCUGCUUUAGAUUUGAUUAUGGUCAAUGUGAAGUCUCCAAGUAAUCUGUUUUCGGGAUUUGGAUUGAGAAAAAUAUGUAUAUCCCAAUAUAGAACUUUGGCAUUUUUACCCUUACAUACUUCACAAAUUAGAGACGUUUCUUUUCAAAAUGUUAACGUGCUGUCUGUGUCAACUGACAAAAUGGUCAAGAUAACAGAUUCCCUCAAUAACUCUACUGUAUGUUCAUUCGUCCAGACUUUACCAUUAUGGUCAUGCUGUUGGGAUUCUUUAGAUAACAAUGUCUUCUAUAUUGGAACUCAGAUGGGCGCUAUUCACAAGUAUGACUUGAGGUCUUUGGGACACCCUGUGAAUAUAUUAGAAGUUCCGGGUGAUAUGUCACCAGUAGUUAGUGUUGCUCAUAUUCCAAAUGAUGUAGACAGUUUGACACCAGAGGGUUUAGUUUCUUGCAAAUUGAAUUCAUUAUGGUUUUUUGAAAAAACCUCUGAGGAUUACAAAAGAUACCCUUUAGGAAUAGAUGGACCGUUUUAUGCUAUGAGGUUUGAUGAUGUCUCUAAACAAAUUUUAGUAUCUUCCAGGCCAAAUCUGAGGAAUCCUAAUUCAAGACAUACACUAGCUACAUUAAGUAAAGUUGAAGAUAAAGUAACGUCUAAUUCAGUUCACACUUUCGAAAACCCAGGAAUUCAAAGGCAUCUAUCAAGGUCCUGUUUCAUCAAGAGGGAUCAAGAUUAUAUCGCUGUUCAUGAGGAAUCGAGCAAACUUGUCACUUUAUGGAAUAUCAAUAAUGGAACAAAAGCAACAUCUGUGACUGCACAUGAUCCUGUCCUCGAUUUGAGUGCUAUAGUGAAUACUGAUUACAAUCUCUUGGUUGGACUCACAGAUAAAAAAAUGUUGUUUUAUAAAUUUUCAUAAGGUUGUAUAUUGUGAUUUCUAUUGUAUUUUUCUACUGUUGUUGUAAUAAAUCUUAUUUGAUUGAA